AUUGCGAAAUACAAACAUGUCCGGACAGUCGUUGUGAAAAGGUACAAAUAUUUCGUUGGAAAAUGUGUUCGAUUUUGGGUAGUUUAUCGCGAAAAGCCUUGCUGGGAACUAUCCCACUAAGAUGCACGAUUUUAGCGCAACGUCUCGCUAGUUCUGCCACUCCUGAUGAAUGCUCACAGCCGGCAGAAUUCUACGACAUAAUCAUCGCCGGUGGAGGAAUGGUCGGGACGACGCUGGCGUGUUCAUUGGGUAAAAAUCUUCGCCUCGCAGAUCGCCGCAUUCUGGUGCUGGAAGCCGCCAGCGGCUUCAAGCAGCCAUCGAUGGACACGUACAGCAACCGUGUGUCGGCCAUAAGCAAAGGAACCCAUCGGCUGAUGAAAACCGUUGGCGCAUGGCCGCAGAUCGAGGCGACCCGGGUCAAACCGGUACUGAAGAUGCAAGUGUGGGAUGCCUGUUCGGAUGCGUUGAUUACCUUCAACUACGACGAUAUGGCGGAGAAUAUUGCGUGGAUCGUCGAGAACGAUGUGCUGCUGGCCAGCGUCUAUCGCCAGCUGGAGCAGGUGAAGAAUGUGGAAAUUAGAUAUUCCUCAAAAAUUGAGGGCUGCAAAUUAAUUCGGGACGGUGUCGAUAUGAGCACAGUACAGCUGAGUAACGGGGAUCGAUUGAAGUGUGAACUGCUGGUCGGCGCCGAUGGAUACAACUCGCUGGUUCGACGCUCGAUGGGCGUCGACAACUUCACGCUCGCGUACAAUCAAAUGGGUGUGGUAGCUACCCUAAAACUAGCGGAAGGGAUAUCGAACAAUGUAACCGCCUGGCAGCGAUUUCUGCCUACGGGCCCUAUCGCACUGCUCCCAUUGAGCGAUGAUUUGAGCUCGAUGGUUUGGUCUACCAGUGUGAGCGAGGCGAAACGUCUGCUGCAGCUGGACGGAAUCUCCUUCGUGGCAGCGGUCAAUGAGGCAUUCAACAAACGCUAUCCUCGGAACAACCUUUUAGACGAUAUCAUGAAGAAUGUACAUUCGCUGGUAAGCUCAACCACUGGACAACGAUUGGAAUCGGCUCCGGUUGUGGAAGCGGUCAUCGAAAAAUCAAGAGCCGCUUUCCCACUGGGCUUAGGUCAUACCAGCACCUACGCUGGCCAAGGUGUGUGCUUGAUUGGCGACGCCGCUCACCGAGUGCACCCUCUGGCGGGUCAAGGUGUGAAUUUAGGUUUUGGUGACGUACAGUGCCUUACGGACAUCCUGGCAGAGUCAAAUUACGCUGGCCUGGGAGUGAACAAUCUGGCCCAACUACUCAAGUACGAACGCCAGCGAUUGAAACAUAACGUUCCUGUGCUGCUGACGACGCACGGUUUGCAGCGGCUGUACACUACCGACUUUCCACCGCUCGUUGGGUUGCGGAGUGUCGGGCUUACCAUCACAAAUGCCCUCCCACCAGUGAAGAAAUUCCUCAUGAAUUAUGCCAUGUCUUAAUUACGAGCGACACAACUCUCAAUAACAGCAACUCUCAAAAUAAUGUUCCCAGCGUGUGAAAAGAUGUGAAGAGAGAGAUAGAGAAAGAGGUAUUGGGUGGCGAAUCUGGAAGUACGAGCGGAAUUCGGGAUGAUUAAUUACUAGCGCCGAGACUGGAUGAUGCAGCCAUUGGAGGUGAGAAGGGUGACGAUUUAAUGCAGUGAAAUUCACACUUGUACAAAAAUAUGCGAUGCACCGAUGUGUUAUGUUGCCACUUGAAUAUUGAUAUUUGUUUUCCAAAA